UCAGAGGCUGAGAUUGCCAGGAGGAUGUUGUCAAACGGACCUCCCGCAGUAGAUGGGAAUCCAGCUUCACUCACUCUCAUGGAGCUUGUCCAGAUAGGGUUAAAAUUGUGGUCUCCAUCUGCCAGUGACUGGCCAGAUAAUGACAAACCAUG